AUGGCCACAGAAAAUUUUGCCGAAAUCUUGAACAAACUCAAGGAAACACACGAGAAAGAAGUCCAAGGCCUGCAAACCAAACUGAAUGAACUAACCAAUGAGAAAUGUCGAGACAACCAAAGAAUUGAAGAACUCUUUACCAAAAACCACCAACUGCGUGAACAGCAAAAAGCGCUUAAAGAAAAUGUGAAAGUCUUGGAAAACAGGUUGCGAGCUGGGCUCUGCGACAGAUGCCAAGUGACCCAAGAACUUGCAAAGAAGAAGCAACAUGAGUUUAGGAAGGCCCAUUUUCAAAGUCUUCAACACAUCUUCAUCCUAACUAAUGAAAUGAAUAAGCUGAGAGAGGAAAACAAGACCCUGAAAGAGGAGCUGAAGCGGUUGUGUGGCUCAGAGGACCGACCGAAGGCUUUCAAAGGGCAGUCCAGAGAAGGGAACUCCACCCUGGACUUGUCUUUAUCUUUACUCUCCACCCGAAGCAGGAAACUGAGUGCUGGAAAAAACGUGAACCAAGAAGCAGAAGACGGGUAUCAUCAAUCUCCUGAACACAGACACUCUCCAGAAAGCAGGGUCUCCCCUAAGAUCAUUCUCCAGGGAGAACGUGCUCUGGAUAUGAGCUCGCAGAAGAGAGUCAACCAAUUGCACGGGACAGUUGAGCUGAUGAGAGUGGGCUCCCGAACCUCAUCCCAAGAAGGAGAUUAUCCUGAAAGUGGUUCCCCACCCCUUGCAAGCAAAACACCACCAUCCCCUCAGUGUGAUCAAAGUCCCAACUUUGAAGCUUUUUUAAAACCCAGCAAAUCCGAUUGCUGUGCCUAUCCCUCGUCUUAUGAGAACCUGAGGUUUGCCACCAAAAAGGAACAGCUCCAUCUCUUCAACCAAAGUUUUGCCCUGCAUCAUCUCGGCCUCCGGAAUAACUCCACCUGCAGGGAGGGUGACUUCCCUCACCACCUCUUACUGGCCAAGGAAGUAGGCAGUCGAAUGAAGUCCCAGGAUGAGUGGGAAGACCAAGCUACCAUCUUGGAACUCCCUGGCGCUGUGCUGUAUGUGAAGGACCGACAUCUGGAAAACAGGCUGCAGUUUCUUAACAGCCCAGAGAAACUCCGCUGCUUGUUGACGCAGCCACAGCAGGAAGGGAAAGGUGGAGCAGAGGACAGUUCAGAUCACGCUUGGUGCCAGACCCCUUCCAUAUUACCAAGCGUUGGCAAAGAAUGCAAAAAGGAAAGGGCCUGUCCAGAAGAUUUGAUGGGUGAUACAUUAGAGAAACAGUUCCAGGUCAACAGAGAAAACCUGGAUCAAGGAGAGGAAGCCACAUCUGGGCAGGAUUAUCCCACGGAAGCACCUCUGGAUUUAUCAGAUUAUGGAAGAGGAAGAGAGAGUGGCACCCACUGGCACCGAUCCUCAGUGAAACAUGAAAGGCGAAGUCCAGGCAGAGAUGAGAACGAAAACUCUGUUGUUCAGAAAAGCUGUUUGUCCAGCUGGCUCUGUACAGCCCAGAAACACCAUCAUGGGAGCAAACAACUGGAACAAUUCACUGCCAGAGCCAAGGAAAACACAGCAGUUUCUCCGAUAUCUUUGCCGCAAGAACUUGCCAUGUCCAAGCCAUCUUCACAUGACUCCACUGCUGACACAGAAGUAGAGAUGCCUUUUGGAGUGGAAAAUCAAAACACUGAGCAGCCAGAUAAUGGUGAUACUGACUCACUAAAGGAUGACUCUGAUGAGCCCAAUGUAUCUGAGAGUGAGAUGGUUGGUAUCCAUGAAGAAAAAGGUCUUCAAGGAGCUUCUGUAAAAGAAGAAUACUGCUGUGCAACUGAGAACAUCCAGCAUUUGCAAAGGAAACGGAAAAGGGGGCAUGAUUCAUCGACAAAAGCCUACAAGAAGUCAAUUCAAGGAGGAUGGAAUGGUAAAGCCACUCAGGUCCCACCUGGCCCACAAGAUACGAAGGAAAUGGCAAACCACAGUCCUGCUUUCAGACAUGAGGACCAUGAGGAGACAUAGCUUGAAAACAUUUUCUUACUUGGACCUAUUUUGUAGCCUAAGCUGCAGUUAAAUAUUUCUGGUUUUUAUCAGGAACUCUACAAUAGCCACAAAAAGAAUUCUAGGUAUUCUAGUUGCUAAGGUUAAAUAUCCAUGUUUUGCAAACCUAUGUAUGCAACUAUCAGGCAUCACAACUGAAAUCAUGAGUAGGACAUCUCAGAUAGGCCAGACAUGUAGGAGAAUUUCAAGAAUAACUUCUUGGACUAUGCUGGAAAUAAGACUUUAUAAUGGUAUGUGGGAAUGACCUUGGGAGACAGGAAGAGGAUCCACAGCCUAGGCAGCAGGUCUUCCUCCUGUCUCCCAAGGUCAUUCCCACAAACCAUCACAGACUAGAAGAGCUCAUUGGCUUGUUCCACUCAAUUGUUCUGUUUCUUAUUCCACUGAAGAUGUUCACAAUUUAAUAGCAGUUGCAAUGGAACCCUUCCAUCUUCAGCUUACAAGCUGACAGGAAGUUCUAAGAUGAGCAAAUCUUUGAUGCUUCCUCAUGUCCUUCGUACUGCAUAAAGAGAUAACUAUCCUGCACAUACUUUCAAGCAGAAGUCCCCAGAUUCAAAUCCCAGCAACUGCAAUAAAAAGAAUUGAGUUAGUAGAUGUCAGAAUUGACCCUCUGUCUGAAAUCCUGACUAUUUGGGAGUGGUCCAAACAGUACCACAGGAGCCAGUGCUAGG